AUGUUGAAAUUAAGUUGUGGUAAUAUUAUAGAUGAAAAUAUGCAGACAAGUACUAGUCUAGAAGACAAAGGUCGUAACUGGUACCUUUUGAAUAAUACUAGGUAUAGCUAUAAAAGGGGAAAUAGCCAUGUAGAUACAUCAAAAAAACCACUUAUGCCUCCUGAACAUUUGAGAAAACUGAUGAAAGAUCAUGGGGAUAUGUCUUCGAGAAGGUUUCAGCAUGAAAAACGUGUAUAUUUAGGUGCACUAAAGUACGUUCCACAUUCUAUAUAUAAAUUGCUAGAGAAUAUGCCAAUGCCAUGGGAACAAAUAAGAUAUGUGAAGUGUCUAUAUCACAUUACAGGUGCAAUAACAUUUGUAAAUGAAAUACCAUGGACUAUUGAACCUGUUUAUAUUGCACAGUGGUGUACUAUGUGGGUUAUGAUGCGAAAAGAGAAGCGUGAUAGACGCCACUUUAAAAGAAUAAGGUUUCCACCAUUUGAUGAUGAAGAGCCACCACUAGAUUAUGGAGAUAAUAUUUUGGAUGUUGAACCACUUGAAGCUAUUAGAAUGAGUUUAGAUGAAGAAGAAGACAGAUCAGUAAUUGACUGGUUUUAUCUAGAUAGUCCUCAAAUAUUUGAGACACUCAGCAAACAAGGGCAGUAUAAAAAUCAUACAUGGUGCUUAUCUUUGGAACAGCUUGGUACAUUAUAUAGGCUAUCAACCCAACUAUUGUCCAAUAUUUUGGAUAAAAAUUACUAUUAUUUAUUUGACAAGAAGUCAUUUUUUACAGCUAAAGCUUUAAACAUUGCUAUUCCAGGUGGACCCAAGUUUGAACCUCUAGUAUCAAGUAUUAUUGACUAUGACGAAGAUUGGAAUGAGUUUAAUGAUAUAAACAGACUUAUUAUUAGACAUCCAAUAAGGUCUGAAUACAAGAUUGCUUUUCCAUUUUUAUAUAAUUCACUACCAAAGUACGUGCAUAUACCACUUUAUCAUCAUCCAAUUUUAGUUUACAACAAGCCAGAAGAUCCUGAUAUCCCUGUUUUUUUUUAUGAUCCAUCAAUUCACCCUAUACCAUAUUUUCAAAAUAAUACACAUGUAGAAGAUGAAGUAUCUGAAUGGAAGCUUCCUAAAGAUAUAGAACCAUUUCUGGAGAAACUUGAUUUGGAACCUGAAACUUCUAUGAAUGGUAUUUUGUUAUACUGGGCACCAUAUCCCUUCAACUGCACAACUGAUAAAAGAAGAAGGGCUUAUGAUAUAGCAUUAGUACAAGAAUGGUACAAACAACAUAAUACUUCUCAUGAACAUCCAGUAAAAAUCCGUGUGUCAUAUCAGAAAUUACUUAAAAAUUGGAUAUUAAAUUCUUUGCAUACACGUUCUGCAAGAAACUGUAGAAAACGCAAUUUCUUUAAAAUAUUACAGAAUACAAAGUUCUUUCAAAUCACAGAAACUGACUGGGUAGAAGUAGGAAUACAAGUUUGUAGACAAGGCUACAAUAUGUUGAAUUUACUGAUACAUAGGAAGAAUUUGACAUAUCUUCAUUUGGACUACAAUUUUAAUUUAAAACCUAUUAAGACUUUAACUACUAAGGAGAGAAAGAAAAGUCGUUUUGGCAAUGCCUUUCACUUAUGUAGAGAAAUUCUUAGACUCACAAAACUUGUAGUAGAUUGUCAUAUCCAGUACAGACUAGGGAAUAUUGAUGCAUAUCAAUUGGCUGAUGCACUACAAUACAUAUUUAAUCAUGUUGGACAACUAACAGGGAUGUAUAGAUAUAAAUAUAGAGUAAUGAGACAAGUAAGAUUAUGCAAGGAUAUUAAACAUUUAAUAUAUCAUCGUUUCAAUACAGGAUCUGUGGGUAAAGGUCCAGGUGUUGGAUUUUGGGCUCCUAGCUGGAGAGUAUGGGUAUAUUUUCUUCGUGGAAUAAUACCAUUGUUGGAGCGAUGGUUAAGUAAUUUACUUGCAAGACAAUUUGAGGGUCGUUCAAAUGCAAAUCCAUAUAAAUCAAUUAGUAAGCAGCGUGUUGAGAGUCACUUUGACUUAGAGUUGAGGGCUGCUGUAAUGCAUGAUAUUUUGGAUAUGAUGCCAGAACAGCUAAGGGCAAGUAAAGCACGUCCAAUAUUACAGCAUUUGAGUGAGGCAUGGAGAUGCUGGAAGGCAAAUUUACCGUGGAAAGUUCCUGGGAUGCCUAUACCAGUGGAAAACAUGAUUUUACGUUAUAUUAAGCUUAAGGCCGAUUGGUGGACAAAUGCAGCCUAUUACAAUAGAGAACGAAUAAGACGUGGUGCAACAGUGGAUAAAUCAGUAGCGAAAAAGAAUCUUGGAAGGUUGACAAGGUUAUACUUGAAAGCUGAACAGGAAAGACAACUGAGCUAUUUAAAGGAUGGUCCAUACAUUUCAGGUGAAGAAGCAGUAGCAAUAUAUACUACUGCUGUGCAUUGGCUAGAAAGUAGAAAAUUUAUUCAUAUCCAAUUCCCUCCACUAAAUUAUAAACAUGAUACAAAAAUUUUGAUUUUGGCACUCGAGAGACUUAAAGAGGGAUAUGCAGUAAAGUCUAGACUAAACCAGUCCCAAAGAGAGGAACUGGCAUUAAUAGAACAAGCAUAUGACAAUCCACAUGAGACACUGGCUAGGAUAAAAAGACAUCUUUUAACACAAAGAACAUUUAAAGAAGUAACGAUAGAAUUUAUGGAUAUGUAUUCACACUUAAUACCUGUUUAUGAUAUUGAUCCACUUGAAAAAAUAACAGAUACAUACUUGGACCAGUAUUUGUGGUAUGAAUCAGAUAAUAGACGACUUUUUCCUAAUUGGGUAAAGCCAUCAGAUAGUGAACCUCCACCACUACUAGUAUAUAAACUAUGUAAUGGAAUAAACAAUUUGCAUAAAUUUUGGAAAUAUAAUGAUGGUUCAAUUGGGGUAUUAGUCGAGACUCAGUAUGACCAAAUAAUGGAAAAAGUUGACUUAACACUUCUAAAUAGACUACUUAGAUUAAUUAUGGAUCAUAAUUUAGCUGACUAUGUUACAAGCAAGAGUAAUAUAAACAUAUCAUACAAAGAUAUGAAUUAUCUAAACUCUUAUGGAUUUAUUCGUGGUUUACAAUUUGCAUCUUUUGUCUGUCAGUAUUAUUCACUAAUUAUAGAUUUACUACUACUUGGAUUAAGUAGAGCAAAUCAAAUAGCUGGUCCAUCAAGUCUUCCAAAUGAAUUUUUGAAAUUCUCGAGUAGAGAUAUUGAAAUGCAGCACCCAAUCCGUUUAUACUGUAGAUUUUUAGACAAACUUCAUAUUGUCCUAAAACUCACAAAGGAGGAAGUAAGAGAGCUGGUUCAAAGAUAUUUAACAGAGAAUCCAGAUGCUAAUACAAAUCAAAGUGUAAUUGACUACAAUAAUAAGAAGUGUUGGCCUAAAGACUGUCGCAUGAGAUUAAUUAAAAAUGAUGUUCUAAUUGGUAAGGCAGUCUUUUGGGAACUAAAGAAUCGUUUGCCACCAAGUUUAACUACAAUCGAAUGGAGUAAAUCUUUUGUUUCAAUUUAUUCUCUAAGCAACCCUAAUCUAUUAUUUUCUAUGGUUGGUUUUUCAGUUAGAAUACUACCUACUUGUAGAAAUCAAGUAACUUCGAGAAUUUAUACAGAAUCCAACACAGGCACAGAUUUAAAUACUGUAUUUUCUAAUUCACAGAGGGAAAGUACUUGGUUACUUUCAAACUCUGAGACAAAAGAGAUAACUGCAAACGUUUAUUUAAUGGUUGAUGAUUCGGAGAUUCGUAGUUUUGAAAAUCGUAUAAGACAAAUAUUAAUGUCAUCAGGUUCUGCUACCUUUACAAAAAUUGCAAAUAGAUGGAAUACAACUUUAAUUGGAUUGAUGACGUAUUUCAGAGAAUCUGUAAUUUAUACUGAACCACUACUAGAUCUAUUAGUAAAGUGUGAGAACAAAAUACAGACAAGAAUAAAAAUAGGUCUAAAUUCAAAAAUGCCAACAAGGUUCCCACCAGUAGUUUUCUAUACACCAAAGGAGUUAGGUGGACUAGGAAUGCUAUCUAUGGGACAUAUUUUAAUUCCUCAAAGUGACCUGCGAUAUUCAAAGCAAACAGAUUCAGGCGCAAUAACACACUUUAGAGCUGGUAUGUCACAUGAAGAGGAUCAGCUCAUCCCUAAUUUAUACAGAUAUAUACAAACCUGGGAAAGUGAAUUUGUUGAUUCACAGCGCAUUUGGUCAGAAUAUUCACUGAAGCGACAACAAGCUCAAUUACAAAAUAAGCGACUUACUCUAGAAGAUUUGGAGGAUAGCUGGGACAAAGGUAUUCCACGUAUUAAUACUUUAUUUCAAAAAGAUCGCCAUACGCUUGCAUAUGACAAAGGUUGGAGAAUAAGACAAAUCUAUAGACAAUACCAGGUUGCACGUUACAAUCCAUUUUGGUGGACACAUCAAAAACACGACGGAAAAUUGUGGAACUUGAGUAACUACAGGACUGAUAUGAUACAAGCUUUAGGAGGAGUUGAAAGUAUAUUGGAACAUACUUUGUUUAAAGGCACAUAUUUUCCAACUUGGGAAGGUCUAUUUUGGGAGAAGUCAUCUGGUUUUGAAGAGAGUAUGAAAUACAAAAAACUUACAAAUGCACAGAGAAGUGGUCUGAAUCAGAUACCUAAUCGUAGAUUUACUUUAUGGUGGAGUCCAACAAUCAAUAGAGCAAAUGUAUAUAUUGGUUUUCAAGUUCAGCUGGAUUUGACAGGUAUUUUUAUGCAUGGUAAGCUUCCUACAUUGAAGAUAUCUUUGAUACAAAUAUUUAGGGCACAUUUAUGGCAAAAAAUUCACGAAUCAGUUGUUAUGGAUCUGUGUCAAGUUUUAGACAAUGAGAUAGAUACACUUGGUAUUGAAAUGGUCCAAAAAGAAGCAAUCCACCCAAGAAAAAGUUAUAAAAUGAAUUCAUCAUGUGCAGACAUUUUAUUAUUUUCAUCAUACAAAUGGCAAGCAACUAGUCCUUCCCUUCUAUUUGAUAGACAGGAUGAACAAAAAAGCGACUCAGUAGCACAAGUUAACAAAUAUUGGAUAGAUAUACAGUUGCGCUGGGGUGAUUAUGACUCUCAUGAUAUUGAGAGAUACUGCCGUGCAAAGUUUUUAGAUUAUACAAGCGAUGCAAUGUCUAUAUAUCCAUCACCUACUGGUGUACUUAUUGGAAUUGAUCUAGCCUAUAAUUUAUUUUCUGCAUAUGGUAAUUGGAUUCCUGGAAUGAAACCUCUGAUGCAAAAAGCCAUGUCGAAAAUUAUUAAGGCAAAUCCUGCUUUAUAUGUACUACGCGAGCGUAUUAGAAAAGGACUACAGCUUUAUUGUUCGGAACCAACAGAACCCUACUUAAACAGUCAAAAUUACAAUGAGCUAUUUGGAAAUCAAACGACUUGGUUUGUUGAUGAUACAAAUGUUUAUCGUGUUUCAAUACAUAGAACAUUUGAAGGAAAUCUUACAACGAAACCGGUGAAUGGCUGUAUUUUGAUAAUAAGUCCAACAACUGGUCAAUUAUUUCUUAAAGUCAUACAUACAUCUGUAUGGGCUGGUCAAAAGCGUCUAUCUCAACUAGCAAAGUGGAAAACAGCUGAGGAGGUUGCUGCUUUGAUUAGGUCAUUACCUAUAGAAGAACAACCAAAACAAAUUAUUGUCACACGUCGAGGAAUGCUGGAUCCACUUGAAGUGCAUCUACUUGAUUUUCCAAAUAUUGUAAUUAAAGGAUCUGACUUAUCUUUACCAUUUCAAGCUUUAUUAAAAUUAGAGAAGUUUGGUGAUUUGAUACUCAAAGCCACCCAACCAUCUAUGGUACUGUUUACACUUUAUGACGACUGGUUAAAAAGUGUAUCUCCAUUUACAGCAUUUAGUCGCUUAAUAUUAUUGUUGCGAUCAUUACAUGUUAAUCCUGAAAGAACCAAGUUUUUGUUGAGGCCUAAUAAAAAUGUUGUAACCUUACAUCAUCAUAUUUGGCCAUCAUUCAGUGAUGAAGAAUGGAUAAAGAUUGAAAUAGCUUUAAAAGAUGUUAUUCUAAAUGACUAUUCCAAAAAGAACAAUGUCCAUAUGUCAGCACUAACACAAAGUGAGAUCCGUGACAUCAUUUUGGGGAUGGAAAUUGCCCCACCAUCAAUACAAAGGCAACAAAUAGCAGAAAUUGAGAAACAGGCGAAGGAUUUAAAGAUUCAGUCAUCAGAACCAUCUGAACUUACCUUAGUCAAGACAAAGACUUUUAAUGUACAUGGUGAGGAAAUAAUAGUGACGACACAAACACAAUAUGAACAGCAAGUAUUCACAUCAAAAACUGAUUGGCGUGCUCGAUCCUUGGCUGCGACAACACUUAACUUACGUAGUAACCACAUAUAUAUUGCAGCUGAUAAUAUUGGAAAUAAAUACAGUUUUGAGGGUGAUGUUUUGCUCACUUAUAUCUUACCAAAGAAUCUAUUAAAGACAUUUAUUUGUAUCUCUGAUUUACGAACACAAAUUGGUGCUCUAUUAUUUGGAAAAACACCAAAUAAGAAUAAGGCAGAUAUUGAGUUAGAUAUAAAUAUGGAUAAUGAACUGAUAGUCAAGGAAAUUUGUUGUCUAGUCAUGUUACCUCAAAUAGGUAACCAUGCAACCGUGAGCAUGUCACACUUUCUGCCCAAGCAUAGUAUGCUUUCAGACUUAGAAUUUUUGGGAUUUAUGCAUACUCAGGUAAUUGAAAGUGAAUACUUAACUCCUUAUGAUGUAGUUUAUAUGUCGCGCAUAGUACAAGAAAACCCCGAAGUUUCUACUGCAAAUCCUGUAGUAGUUCGUUGUAGCUUUACUCCGGGCUCAACUACACUCUCUGCACUCAAAAUUUUAAAAGAGGGUAUUGAUUGGGCUAAAGAGAAUAUCGAUAACCCUUCUGUUAUUGAAAAUCCAAAUCCAUCAGGUUACAGUCCACAUACAUUUUCGGAGAAAGUUCAAUUGCUUUUGUCUGAUGCAUUUCAUGGCUUUUUUCUUAUACCUAGUGAUGAAACUUGGAACUAUAAUUCUAUGGCAAUCAAACACAAUCCAUUUGCUACAUGUCCACUGAAAGUUGGUAUUCCAAAGGACUUUUAUAGCGAAAUUCACAGACCACAACACUUCCUUCAAUUUGCCUACUUAGAUGUAGCCAAAGAUGAUGGCGAGAAUAACUUACUAGAGAUGGACAUGCUCAUUGAAUAG